UUUCUGAUAGAUAUUAAUGAUUUCUGUUCGUCUUUCCUGGUGCCUGCAAGUCUUCAUUGGACAAGCAUUUUCUGGAACUUCUCUGGAAUUUUUGGUCAAGGAAGGGACGAAGCGUCUUGGAAGCAAGCAAGAAAGUAAGUAACGCUGAGUUGUCUAUUACAUGUAAUGAUAUGUAUUAUGCUCAGCAUGAUGAGUCUGUUAAUCAUGGUUCGUCGUCUAGUGAUAAUGAGAAUUUUAAAAUGCCUAUAUAUGAACCUCGGUGUUUCGAUGGAAACCCAACGGACGAUCCACAGUUUAUCAAAGAGUUUGAGAUCAUGUUGAGUGGUUUUUUGUUAAAUGAUGGAAUGAAGUUGAUGUAUUUGAUGAGGUACUGCACUGGAGUUGCUUCAAGAGCUAUACAGUGCUUUAAGGUUAUGAAGCGAAACGAAGGAUAUUAUGAGGCUCUGAGUAUAAUGCAUCAAAGGGUUGGAAGACCUUCGACGAUUGUAAGGAAUGUAUUUGAGGCUGUUAAAGGUAAUGGUAGUCAAUUACUCCAUGGCACUCACUGAGUUUCUGGAUAAUUUGAUGACUUACAAAAACGCAUUGAUUUCGAUGAAUUGCAUGGUCAAUCUGAACUCAAGUUCCG